GGAUCAUUUGAGAGGAUCGUAAUUGGAGUCGGAUAGACUCGACGAUCGCGAAACAUGGGGAACUGCUUCAGCAGCCCGACGGACGUGGAGAAGGAGAAGCCGGACAGGAUCGGCAAUCCGAGCAUAGAGGCGGUUGCGUCGCAGGUCAGCCCGGUGCCGACGCCGCCACCGGAUCCCAUCAGGCCGAUCCCGCAGAUCCCGGAUCUGGACGUCACCACGGCGAAGAUAUUCGUCGCUCUGUACGAUUAUGACGCUCGCACGGACGAGGAUUUGAGUUUUAAGAAGGGAGAGCACUUGGAGAUAAUCAACGACACACAGGGAGACUGGUGGCUGGCCAAGAGUAAAAGGACCAGGCAGGAGGGCUACAUUCCCAGCAAUUACGUCGCCAAAUUGAAAUCAAUCGAGGCUGAGCCAUGGUAUUUCAGGAAGAUUAAGCGAAUCGAGGCUGAGAAAAAAUUGCUACUACCGGAAAACGAUCACGGCGCGUUUCUGAUAAGAGACUCCGAGAGCCGACACAAUGAUUACUCCCUUUCAGUGCGUGACGGCGAUACGGUGAAGCAUUACCGUAUUCGUCAAUUGGACGAGGGUGGCUUUUUCAUCGCCAGGCGAACCACGUUCAGAAAUUUGCAGGACCUCGUGGAGCACUAUAGCAAAGACGCGGAUGGGCUGUGUGUCAAUCUGUGCAAGCCUUGCGUGCAAGUUGAGAAACCCGUAACGGAAGGGCUUAGUCACCGUACGCGGGACCAAUGGGAAAUCGAUCGUUCGUCGCUGAAAUUCCUGAGGAAGUUGGGACAGGGCCAAUUUGGCGAGGUGUGGGAAGGUCUGUGGAACAACACUACUCCAGUGGCAAUAAAGACGCUCAAACCAGGCACUAUGGAUCCGAAGGACUUCCUUGCCGAAGCGCAGAUUAUGAAGAAACUCCGACACGCUAAACUAAUUCAAUUGUACGCUGUGUGCACGAUGGAGGAACCGAUCUAUAUCAUCACGGAAUUGAUGAGAAACGGCAGUCUUCUAGAAUAUUUACAAGGAAAAGGUAGAGGCCUAAAACUGCAGCAACUAAUCGACAUGGCCGCGCAAAUAGCUGCCGGUAUGGCGUAUUUAGAGUCGCAGAAUUAUAUUCAUCGAGACUUGGCCGCCCGUAACGUUCUCGUAGCAGACGGAAAUGUCGUUAAGAUCGCGGACUUUGGUUUGGCUAGGCUUAUCAAAGAAGAUGAGUACGAGGCUAGAAUAGGGGCGCGCUUCCCUAUUAAGUGGACCGCUCCUGAAGCUGCCAACUACAGCAAAUUCAGUAUUAAAUCCGACGUAUGGUCGUUCGGAAUUCUCCUUACCGAAUUGGUCACAUAUGGUAGAAUACCCUAUCCAGGUAUGACAAACGCUGAGGUUCUUCAUCAGGUGGAGCAUGGCUAUAGAAUGCCAAGUCCACCCGGCUGUCCUGACACACUUUAUAAUAUCAUGCUGGAAUGUUGGAACAAGGAUCCUAUGAAAAGACCUACUUUCGAGACGCUUCAGUGGAAACUUGAGGAUUUCUUCACUAUGGAAGGUUCCGAGUACAAGGAAGCGUCUGCGUAUUGAAAAGAGGAUUUCGAAUUCUUCCAUAUUGCUCCAUUAAGAGAUCCGAUAAUUGUACCGUCGUCGUUUCGUCGACGGCGAUCGUUACGAUCUUCUUCAUUGAUUUAUUUGUGACACUAGUUUUCGCGGUAUUUCUGAAGGUGUGUACCGCAGCUUUUAUAC